GCGCCGUCCCCUCAGAGGGGCGCGGGCGCGCGAGCGGAGGCGCGGCGGCCCGGAGCGGAGCGGAUCGCUGGGCGGCGCGGCGAUGAGCGGCGCCCGGGGCCCGCGCCCCGAGGCCGGCGCCGCCGGGGCCGAGCCCCCCGGCCCGGCGCUGAGCGUGGACGUGGCGGGGCUGCUGGCGCAGCUGGCGCGCAGCUUCGCGCUGCUGCUGCCGGUGUACGCGCUGGGCUACCUGGGCCUGAGCUUCAGCUGGGUGCUGCUGGCGCUCGGGCUGCUCGUGUGGUGCCGCAGGAGCCGCGGCCUCAAGGCCACCCGCCUGUGCCGCGCGCUGGCGCUGCUGGAGGACGAGGAGCGCGCCGUGCGCCUGGGCGUGCGCGCCUGCGACCUGCCCGCCUGGGUCCAUUUUCCAGACACUGAAAGAGCAGAAUGGCUAAAUAAGACUGUAAAACACAUGUGGCCUUUUAUCUGCCAAUUUAUAGAGAAGUUGUUUCGAGAAACCAUUGAGCCAGCCGUGCGGGGAGCACACGCCCACCUCAGCACCUUCAGCUUCACCAGGGUGGACGUGGGGCAGCAGCCCCUCAGGAUCAAUGGUGUUAAGGUGUAUACUGAAAAUGUGGACAAAAGGCAAAUUAUUUUGGACCUUCAGAUUAGUUUUGUAGGAAAUUGUGAGAUUGACUUGGAGAUCAAGCGAUAUUUUUGUAGAGCUGGUGUGCAAAGUAUACAGAUUCAUGGUACCAUGCGGGUGAUCCUGGAACCACUGAUUGGAGACAUGCCCUUAGUGGGAGCUUUGUCCAUCUUCUUCCUUAGGAAGCCACUUUUAGAAAUUAACUGGACAGGACUGACUAAUCUUCUCGAUAUCCCCGGAUUGAAUGGUUUAUCAGAUACAAUCAUUUUGGAUAUAAUAUCAAACUACCUGGUGCUUCCCAAUCGAAUCACGGUUCCUCUCGUGAGUGACGUUCAAAUAGCUCAGCUGCGGUUCCCUAUACCAAAGGGUGUCCUGAGGAUACACUUUAUUGAAGCUCAGGAUCUUCAGGGAAAAGACACUUACCUUAAGGGACUUGUCAAGGGGAAGUCAGACCCCUAUGGAGUGAUUCGAGUUGGCAAUCAGAUCUUCCAAAGCAAGGUCAUCAAGGAGAACCUCAGUCCGAAGUGGAACGAGGUGUACGAGGCGCUGGUCUACGAACAUCCUGGACAGGAAUUAGAGAUCGAGCUCUUUGACGAAGACCCAGACAAGGACGACUUCCUCGGGAGUCUUAUGAUCGAUCUUAUUGAAGUUGAAAAGGAGCGCCUUUUAGAUGAAUGGUUCACCCUGGACGAGGUGCCCAGAGGAAAGCUGCACUUGAAACUGGAGUGGCUCACCCUCACGCCAGACGCCUCGAACCUCGAGCAGGUGCUGACUGACAUCAGAGCUGACAAGGACCAAGCCAACGAUGGGCUGUCCUCCUCGCUGCUCGUCUUGUACUUGGACUCGGCCAGGAACCUCCCGAGUAACCCAUUAGAAUUUAACCCUGAUGUCUUGAAGAAGGCUGCAAUUCAGAAAGCUUUAAAGUCGGGGAAGAAAGUAAACAGCAACCCCAAUCCUCUUGUCCAAAUGUCUGUCGGUCACAAGGCCCAGGAGAGCAAGAUUCGGUACAAAACCAAUGAACCUGUGUGGGAGGAAAACUUCACUUUCUUCAUUCACAAUCCCAAGCGCCAGGAGCUCGAAGUGGAGGUGAGGGAUGAGCAGCACCAGUGUUCCCUGGGGAGCCUGAGGGUCCCUCUCGGCCAGCUGCUCACCUGCGAGGACAUGACGCUGAACCAGCGGUUCCAGCUCAGCAACUCGGGUCCCAACAGCUCGCUGAAGAUGAAGCUCGCCCUCAGGGUACUCCACCUUGAAAAGCAAGAAAGGUCUCCAGACCACCAGCACUCAGCUCAAGUAAAGCGACCCUCUGUUUCCAAGGAAGGGAGAAAGAUAUCUGUCAGAUCUCAGAUGUCCGCAUCGCCAGGCACUGGCGACAGCGGCACAGCCCCGUCCACGCCGGUCAUCGGGGGCGGCGAUAAGCCUGGUGUGGAAGAGAGAGCCCAGCCUGCGGAGGCCAUCCUGCAGGGGCCGCGGGACCUGGGCAGGAGCUCCUCCAGCCUGCAGGCCAGCGCCGCCAGCUCCCCCAGCCACAUCUCCGUCAAGGAGCCCACCCCAAGCAUCGCCUCAGACAUCUCGCUGCCCAUCGCCACGCAGGAGCUGCGGCAGAGGCUGCGGCAGCUCGAGAACGGGACGACCCUGGGACAGUCCCCCCUGGGGCAGAUCCAGCUGACCGUCCGGCACAGCUCGCAGAGGAACAAGCUGGUGGUGGUCGUGCACUCCUGCAGGAAUCUCAUUGCCUUCUCUGAAGACGGCUCUGAUCCCUACGUCCGCCUGUAUUUGUUACCAGACAAGAGGAGGUCAGGAAGGAGAAAAACACACGUGUCAAAGAAAACACUGAACCCCGUGUUUGAUCAGAGCUUUGAUUUCAGCGUCUCGUUGCCAGAUGUGCAGAGGAGAACCUUGGACGUGGCCGUGAAAAACAGCGGUGGCUUCCUGUCCAAAGACAAAGGGCUUCUCGGCAAAGUUCUGGUUGGUCUGGCAUCUGAAGAACUCGCCAAAGGCUGGACCCAGUGGUACGACCUCACGGAGGACGGGACGAGGCCCCACGUGGCGACGUAGGCUGCGCUGGCCAAGGAGCCCCUGCUGUACCUGCCAGCCCUGUGCCGACACAGGCGCCCCUCCUACAGACGCACCCGUGCUCUUUUUAUAAUUUCAUGUACUUCGUCACUUGUCCCUUCAUGGUUUUAUAAAACAUUGACAUUUUAGGCUUAUGUGGCCAAUAUUAGCAUUAAGUUUUGUACGUUUAGUUUCCUCUAGCAUUUGACCAGUUAUUACCAAGAGCGUAGGGUAGUUGUCAGCUGUCUCUCCUAGGAAGCCGAUACGUGGUGUGCUUUAUUAUUGCCUUGUUUUGUAUAUCACUGAGGUGCACUAUGCUAUGUAAAUAGACUAUUUUUUAUAAUCUCUACAUGCUGGUUUGAAUUCAGAAGAAAAUGGAUCAAGGAAAUAUAUAUAUUUUUUCUUCUAAAUCUUAUUAAAUUCUUAUGACAAAUAAUCAUUUUUGUCUUUGCAGGAAAAAGUUCUCAGUAACCUAUUUUGUGGUGUUUCUUUUUAAAAAGAAAAGCUGAAAGAUGAGUAAAUAUUAGUAUAUUUCUGCCCAUUAUGAAUGAUGAAAGAAUGUAUUCAAAAUAUUUACACUUUCAUAAAUAUAAAGAUAUAUUAUUGAGAAGUCAGUUGAAGUGCUUAUAAGGAAAAAUGUCAUAUAACUGAGUAAUAUAAAAUAUUAAGACAGUUGUCACAGUUCAUAAAUCAUAGUGCACUAAUCUCAAAUUUCUACGUAAGAUGGAAUGUCUAAGUUUACUUUCAGUUGCUUGUUAUAACUUAACUCAUGAAACAUUGCAGAUACACAAUCAAACUUUUCCUGAAAUAGAAUACAGACAAAUUUUCAAUGUUAGCAGUUAGUCUGUUGUGAAAUUUACAGUGUUUUCUCAGCCCGGAAAGAAAGACCAAUGGUGGUGUCUCCAUAGAGGCUCUGAGGUGGGUUGGGGUGAGUAGAUAGGAAGUCGUGUCGGAAGCCGGCACUGGCUCCCUUGUCAUCAGUGUGGCACACAGAGGACAGAGCCCCCCAGCCGGCGCCACCACUGCCAGGACCCAGGGCUUUCGGCACAGCGGCUGUCAGUUUUAAAUAACCCUUUACUGGGUUUCCUCACUUUAUGCCAGUAUUGGGAUAUUGUCAUACAGCUUGUAUUUGGGAAUAUUUUUUCUUCUUAGAUUAUGAAAAGCAUGUUUUAUACACUUAAAGGUCUCAAGCCUCUUGGGAGGUGAGGCGCCACAGCCUUGUGGUAGCUGUGCACGCCCUGCACACAGGGUGCACGUGUGCAGAGAGAGCUUUAAGGAUUCUAAGCUGUGUGAUGCAGGCAACUUCCUUAGCCAUGAGGACAUCCUACAAUUACGUGUAAAUGCUGGGGAAGUACCGCUUUGAGACUGAGUCAGAGGUCUCACCAGGGGUCCCACCGUGGACUUGUGGACCCUGGAGUGACCAGACCUGCCCAGGUGCCUGUGUGGCCGCUGCUACUUCUGCCUCCUGCCCUCUGGCGUGUUUCCGUUCUGUCCACUGCGCACUUUGAGCCCUGGGUGUACGUGUGAUGGAGUCUGUAGCCUUGCAGCACGUCUCACGCAGGCGUGUAGACCUGGUGCUCUCGCAGCUUCCAGGGCCAUGAAGCUUCUCCGAAGCCCCAGCAGAGACCAUCUCUUCCGUCAGCGCAGGAGGAGGUUACGAAGGUGGUGACACACUCAAGGGCGUGUGCACGGAAACACCUGACUCUGGUGGUUUAGCAGCAUGAGAAAGGUAAUUACCAAAUCUAGUUGCCUGCCUGUGGUAUUAGAUUUAUUGGAGAUUUUUUAAAAAUGAGAUUUGUUGUGGGAAUUCCCCGGCAGUCCAGUGCUUAGAACUCUGCACUCUCACUGCCAGGGACCUGGGUUCAGUUCCUGGCUAUUGAGGGGCUUCUGGCAUAAUUUCUAAGAGAGGAGAAACAUUGAAAUGUAGCUCACAAGUGAUUUCUGCCAACAUCCCCAGCUCUUGGUUUCUGUAGCCAUGCACUUCACCUCUUCAACAUGUGUUUUAUUUGAUGGGAUGCUCUAUUUAAGCAAUGAGGCAAAAUAAAUGCCGUGAAGGGUACAGAACCCAAACAAAGCCAGUUAGCAUGAUGCCCACCCUCUGUGUGGACGGUGGGGGCUGGACACAGACCCAGCAGCCCACUCCAUCCUCUUCAGAAGGAAAGGGAGGACUCAGAGGUCACUGACAUGCCUCCCAGGUAGGAUGCUGUCUCCAUGGGCGACAGGUGUUCAAAGGGAACCUCUUGUGUCCGGUGGGCAGCUGAGAAGGGGCGUCGGGCCAGACCCCGGGCUCCAGAAUCCUGGCGAUGGGCACUCGGUUCUCAAAUCCUUUGUCGCCGGUUCUGAAUAAUUGAUUCAUCUGGGAAAAGGGAACUUUUAACUUUUCUACCUUGAGCCAAACCAAUGGAGGGAAAAUUAAGGUGGGUUCAUUUGAAUUGUUCCUUUGUUGCUCAUCCUGUGCCUUAAUGUCGGAAGCGUGGGGCGUUGCCUCCGGUGAAAGCAGGAGCCUGGCGGCUGCUCGCAGCUGAAUUCACCCCAGUGUACCCCCCCGUCAGGGGUCAGUCCUCCGUCAGGAACUGAAGCCAAAUGCAGACCAGCGCGUGCGCUUAUUUUGUGGUUGUUGCUUUAACUCCAAUCUAGCUGGACCGCCCGCUGCAGAUGGAACACAGCAGAAGGGUUUUCUUUAUUGUAAAAUGCCCUUUUUGCUCAACUAAUUUUACAUGACAGUGCAUGUAUUUAUUCAAUAAAACUUCUAUGUUA